AUGGAAAAAUCAAAAGAGGAGCCAUCCAACGAAGGUGAGGGAAAAGAACUCGGAAAGACUAGUGAAUCAUCUGAAGAUAACCACUCAGAGGAUAUUAUCACUGAGCCCAUUCCAUUCAAUGAACUUGCACAAGGUUACUAUCCUAUGGAUGAACUUAAAACAGAUCCUACAUAUGAAGAAAUGAUUAUCGAAUGAAGCUCCAAAACAGCAAAAUCAUUAAAAUACUUAGAAGAAGUGCUCAAGACUAAAAGCUGCUACAUUUUCCCAGAGAAGCAAGACCUUGAGUUUCAUGAAAGCGGUAUAGAAGAGUCCAAAUAUGACAUGAAAUCAUAUGACUCUGACGAAAAGUCUGGAAAAGGAAGUUUCUUGGUUCCAGAUGGACUAGCUAUUGAAGUUGGAAAGCUAGAAUCUCUCAACAAUGAUAGUUUAGCUGGGGAUGAUGCUUCUCAUAAUUCAAGGGAGUCUAUUUUUGCUCUUGGGGCCCCAGCGCCAGACUACUCAAGAAAAGCUAGGUUAUCCAAAGUCACUCCUCUAAUGGUAGCCUGCAUGUGAAAAUAAUCAUAAAGUUGUAAAGCUACUCAUCAAAAAUGCAAAGAAGAUCAGAAGAUGGGAUAAUGCUGCUAUGUCAACAUUUCUAAACAUGCAGCUUAUAGACAAAUAAAGGAGGUCUGAACCCAAUUUUGAUAGCAUGAAAUCAGGGUGAUUAUAUUAUCUUUCAGUAUUUAGUCAAGAAGGGUGCUGAUAUCAAUGUUAAGAACAGCUAUCAUCAAAGUCUCCUCCACAUUGCAACGAAGAAUAAUCAUCUAAAUAUAAUAAAUAUUUUACUUGAACACAGAAGCUUAGAUUUUGGUCAAGAAGACUUGAACGGCAUGAAUGCUUUCUCCUUCGCUUGAUCUAUAGGCAAUGAGGAAGUAGUUGAUAUCUUCCUUGCAUAUAGAGUCAAAUGUGGAAAAGAAGGUAAGCGAUCAUUCGAAAUCGACUGCAGGGAUAAACUGAACCUCACCCCAUUAAUGAAAGCAGCAACUCAUGGAUACUAUAAUAUCGUUCUAAAGCUGCUGAAAUAUGGAGCUAAUCCAAGAACAAGGAAUAAUUUUGGAGAGAGUGCUCUAGCUCUCAGUUGAAUGCAAGAGAACUAUGAAAUCUGUGAGCGCUUGAUUAUUGCUAAAGCAAAUGUAAAUGAGGUAGAUUAUUGUAAAAGAACUCCACUUUUGAAAGCAGCAAGACAUAACACAGAUUAUUCAAUUCUCGAACUUUUACUAAAAUAAUGGAGCCAAGACUGAUAUUGCUGAUGAGAAUGGAAAUACUCCUUUGCAUCAUGCAGCGAUUAGAGGAUCUGAAAUAGUUGCAGAGUUUCUCCUCAAUCUUGGAGCAAACCCAUAUUCCCUCAAUAAAUAAAGAACAAGUUCCUUAUGAGCUAUGAGCUGAUAAAUCAAAAGUAGCUUUUCAAGUAUGCCCAUUAUGUCUCAAGAAAGCCAACGUUUCUUGAAAACAUUGAUCAGUAAUGAAAUACUGUUCUAUCGACUGUGCCAAAAGGGAUUGGCCAGAUCACAAAAAGACUGUUUUUCCAAAGAAGGAACCCUCUAAACAAUCUGGUAGAAAGCAACUUGGACGGAGGCGAACUAGGCCACCAAAGAAAUCAUAAUUCUUU